CGAGAACGCGCAUUGUGCUACGUCAUUGCCCGCUCCUAAAGUGUUUGAAUGUGUGUGGCGCGAGAUAUCACGAAUCGUGUUAUUAAUAAUAAUAUACUUGAGUGAUUACUAAAAAAGGAUACCUGAACAGCCAGGAGCAAAACAUAAUGUUAGUGCAUAUUGAUGUGGAGCAUCAGCGAGCCAGCAUUCACAGUUCUUUAAAUUGAAAUGUCUUCUGAAAAACUGUUGAUAGUGCAAUAACGUUAGAAGAACUGACUGUGUAUUUCCUAUGUCGGCUCCCCAUCAGACAUCAGUAGUCAGCACCCCUCUCCCUCUGCCCACCCAUUUCUCUCAUGCCCAGCAGUCCUUUUCACUAAAGAAACGGAGACCUCCCUUCUCUUCCUCAUCAUCUUCCUCCCUGUCUCCAUCACGGCCAUUAUCUCAUUCUUUACCACCACGGCCUCCAUCUAAAGGAUGCCCUCCGCUCAGUCGAGUGUUCCACCAUCGCCCCACUCCAUGGACACCUUUGUCACGCUCCCUUAUAGACUCACCCCCUCCUUGCUCUGUGUACAAUCCAUCCCGACCCCAGACCUUUUUCGACCAGUGCUUUACCAACCUGGGCCUGAUUGGACGAGGUUCCUUUGGUGAAGUUUUCAAGGUGGUGAGUCUUGUGGACGGCUGUCAGUAUGCUGUCAAACGUUCAGUGCAGCGUUUCCGUGGUGAGGUUGAACGAGCUAGAAGCAUUGCUGAGGCUUGGAAUCAUGAGGGACUGCACCCACAUCCUUAUGUGCUGGGCUUCAUUGCGGCUUGGGAGGAGGCCGGUCACCUCUACAUCCAGACUGAACUCUGCUGUACCAGCUUACUGCUAUACGCUGAAGAGACGCCAUUUCACACUGGUGAGACAAGAGCCUGGACGUACCUGUGUGACAUGCUCUCAGCACUUGACCACUUGCAUGCUAAUGGGUUUGCCCACCUGGACAUCAAACCAGCAAAUAUUUUCAUUACAAAGUCUGGACGGCUCAAACUUGGAGAUUUUGGCUUGUUGAUCAAGCUUCCUACAGAUGCCCGAAAACAAGUGAUAGAGGGAAAGAGAGAAAUAAAGACAGAGGACGUUGAUUUACAGGAAGGAGACCCGAGAUAUAUGGCUCCUGAACUAUUGAGAGGAGAGUAUGGGACUGCUGCAGACAUCUUUAGUUUGGGUGUUUCUAUCCUGGAGUUGGCCUGUAACAUUGAGGUUCCUAAAGGAGGAGAUGACUGGCAGUAUCUCAGAAUGGGUCACUUACCAGCAGAAUUCACUAAUGCACUUUCAGAAGACAUGCAGUAUAUGCUACGGCUUAUGCUAAACCCAGAGCCCUGCAAAAGAGUCACCGCACAGCAGCUGCUCUCUCUGCCAUCUGUCUGCAAACGCAAGUGGAGAAGACAGCUUUCCCUCUGCAUCAUUGAGAGCUUUUUGUCCUUAUUCCACUGGUGUCAGUCCCUGCUUACAGCCGGUUGGAAUUUCAUAUCAUCUCUCAAUCUGCUGUUUACCUCUGUUUAUGAGUCCUCGUCAACCUGUACUCCUCCAAGAGAGAGGUGGGAGAGAGAUGCAGAUGUAAGCAACAUUUACUCAGACUCAGAAAGCCCAGUUCCUGACUAUGUGUUCUCUCCAGACGGCCAUGAACACUCUCCCACCUUCACUCACAGAGCCCAGGCACGCAUAUCUGUUGGCAGUACUUCUACGCCACUCCCAAACACACACAUGAACACCACACACACAUCAGUGCACAGCAAGCACGGUCACUCUCCCUCCAGUAUCUAUUCCAGCAGCAGCUCGAGCUCCCAGCACAGUAUCACAGACUCACCCUGCAGCCGAGAGAAAAGCUGGAUCACUGCUGAGCUGUCUGAUAAAAGUACCUUUGAGCCAAAGAACUUGCUUAGUCUUUUUGAUGAGGCCACCACAGAAAGCAAGCCUUGAGUUGUGAAUGCAGCGCUCUUAUCAUUAUAGCUAAUGUAGAAUUUUAACUUAGUUGCCAUCUGACCUUUUGUAAGAUAACUUUCCUUUAUGUGGGGAAGCAUUUAAAGGCAUUUAAACCUGGUUUGAUUAUAGUUUUUGUUGGUUUUUUUGUGUUUUGUUUUUUGGCUGAUGCAAGUGUGACAUAGUUUGGCAAGACCUCAGAAGACUUGAGAUACAUGUAUAUCUUUAAGAGAAAAUUAUAUCCUGUGUAAAUUGUACAAAAAUUUUGCAACAUGUUGGCACUUCUGUCUGAAUAAACCAACUAAUAAACCAAUAAUAAACCAACAUUUGCCCGGGGUCACUUCAGACGCAAAAAAGCAGCUCCACAACCAGAAGAUUGAACUAGAAGUUCUAGUUAAAAAACAGCCAGAAAAGUUAUGUGAGGUGUGCAUAAGCUGGACAGAUUCUACAAUUUGAUUACAUUAUUCUGGGCUGACAGUGGCAGCUGACAUUUCCUAGUGUUAUUUGUCUAGACAAUUGUCUAAAAGUCUAGACUGUUUAAUCAUGAUAUGCAUACACCCUUGGCCUCUUAAAUUCUAACACACUUGUUCCAGUUUCUCUAGGGCCUGUUGUUUCAGUGUUCCUUUUUACCUUCCUAGUAACAUAAACAUGCACAAGGACAUUUUUUUUCUGAUUAAAACAUAAGUAUAGAACUUUUUCCAUAAAAUUUCUAUAAAGCACUUGAUUAUUAUUAUUUUUUUUUUAUUAAAUCAGGGGCAAUAUUUUUGUUAACCAAUAUAAAUUAAAUUUAUUAUUAAAAAUUCUUUUUUUUUUUUGCUGAAUAUUGCUUGUGUUGUAAGGUUGAAUGAGAUACUCAGAUACUUGAAUGAGGUACUCAGUUAUCGGUAUUGGGCAGUAUGAUGUAAUAUUAGUGUAGAAGCCACUUGUUUUAACUGGCAUAAAUGCAUAAACAAUCCAUUUUGUAGCUUGUAUUUCCAGUGAUUGAAAUGAGUUUCAGGUCUUAAAAAAUAUUAAAAAGUAUUAAACUG